GAAGGAGGUGCCAAGGAGUAAGGUUAAAGCACUAUCAGAGUUAAGGGCUGGGCACGGAGUUGUUCCGAUGUUCACGGAAGUGAAAGCGCAGGAGAGAGCAGAGGGUGUGUGUGCAGAGGGUGUGUGCCCGGUGAGCCCCAUAGACGUGGCAGGUCAGGGUAGGGGCUCAGCUGGGGUGGCAGGCUCUCCUUUGCCCUGCUGGCCAGCAGUCCCGAGGGAGCCUUGCGCCGGGUGGACGAUGUACCAGGCUGGCUGCUACCCCUGGCCUUCUCCCGCUGCGACCGGCUCGGCGGGCCAGGAACCCCAGUGGCAGUUCCCGGAGGUGCUGGGCGGAGCCCGGGAGCUCCCUCCAGGGGACGGGCUGCCCCUGCUCACCGCUAUCGUUGCUGUCUUUGUGCUGCUGGCAGUCUGUAUUGUGGUGGCCGUCCGCCUUGGGCCAAGACUACACCACGGCCAUGCGGCUCUCCCCACAGAACCACCAGCCCCAAAGCCAGAGGACGGCAUCUACCUCAUCCACUGGCGAGUGCUGGGUCCCCAGGACGGUCCUGAGGACACCCAGCAGGGACCUCCGGUUCCUGGCGCCUGCCCUGGGCCAGAUGGGCCUAGGCUCAGCGUCGAUGAAGUGACGUAUCUUUAGGAGGGGCAUUUUGGAAAGUUGGACUGACCUGGCUCAGAACAAGAAAUGGACAGAGGAUUAAGGCGAGAGCAAACUGGGGUCUGGCAUCAAUGCUUCCGAAGGGCAUACACGGACCCAGCUGCAGCUGCCCUCUCCGCAGAACAUUUUUAGGGGCAGCCCUGUGGCUGUGGACAGAAGAAAUAAAAGAAAUGGGCUGCUGUGAGCAUUCCCAAGGCGCAAGGCCGCCCUCACAAAGGGAUUCCCUCCUCUUCAGGGACCCCCAGAGCCCCGAGCCCCCUGCCUCCUUCUCUCAGUCUCUGUUUCCUCCUCCCAUCCCUAAUCUCCUCUGCUUUGGGUGCCAGCUUGGAAGAUUCCUCCGGCCUCCCUAGCCCUGUGCAGGGAUGUCAGAGGCUCCGGCAAGGAGCCCCGGGGUCUGCCUCCUCUGGGACUCAGGAAAAGAAGGUGCCCUUCCCCCGACUGAGAGACAUCCUUCGGCUGUCAGGGCCUGGGCCUUCUCAACAACUUCCAAGGCCCUAGCAAAGCCUCAAGCUCCAACUGCAACUCCCCAAGUUGUUCUUGAAUGGCUCCCGCUUUCUUGGGGCGAGGCUCUGUCUUGCCUUCCCAGGAUGGGAUGGAGGAGAUUUGGCGGCUCUCCUUACCUCCUACUUUCUGUGUGCACGGGCCUGUUGAAACUAGUCUAGAAACCCCUGGAAAUUUCCCAGAACCUUCCAGCUGGUGGGAAAACAGGAAAGGAAAAGGAGCUCCCUGGAGCUUGUCUGCGGGAGGAAGGAGCGGGUGAGGACCCACAGCGGGAGGGACACGGAGGUUGGGAAGAUGCAGGAGGCCAGGAAGGCAGAGCUGAGCCUCCUAGUGGCUCUCUAGAAAGGCAUCCCUUUCCCUGACAGCUCUGAACCUCACUUCCGUGCAAUCAAGAACAUGCAGAGAUACUUUUAUGGAGGGACCUCUGGGUACUUUACCUUGGGGAACACCUGGGGGCAACAAGCCAACCCUGGAGACUGCCCUCGGUGGGACCCCAGCACAGUUGGGGAGGCUGGGAAAUAACAGAAGAUGAAGAGGAACAGAGGUAGAAAGUGUCAUGUGUGCAGAGGACUGGCUUGCCUCCUUUGGGACUGGUGAGAGGCAGCUUUAUUGUUAAUAGCUGCUCCUUCUUUUAGGCCAGCUGCACCCAGGGCACCGGGCUCAUUGGUGGGCCUGCAGUCAUACCGCUCACUCCUCAGCAACCUUGGCGGGAGGAGUCAACAGCUUGGGACAUCAAGUCGGCCCUGUGGACACAGGUCCUAAGUGGUGAAUUGGGAUUUGAACGUGGGCUUGUCAGACUCCACAGCCUGAGUAGCACAGUGGGGGCUGGAUGGGUGAGGGAAGCCCUUGAUUCCAGGCUGAUUUCUAGGUGUAGGAGUGAUUGGUGUGACUGGAGGUACCUCGGGCCUGGUGGCAGAAUGGCUGGGACAGCAGGGAUGGGGGGCAGAUCCCUCGUCACACUCUUGGUCAUCUUCCUUGGGGGCAUUUGGUUCCUUCUGGCAAGUGUGUGUGUGUGUGUGUGUGUGUGUGUGUGUGUGUGUGUGCAUGUGUGUGUGUGCGUGUGUAUGUAGCGUUUCUCCACAGGGAUGCUGUUCUCAGAAAUUCAUUUUGAGCAUUUGUGAUAAAAACCAAGGGGGGAGGGAGAGAUCCAUUCUUGGGUGGAGCAGCUUGAACUGGUAGGAACGGGCCACCAGCCCUCCUAGGCGGGAAAAUUUCGCCGUCACAGUGUUGCUGCAGCAACUCAGUUCUAAUAGUGAUGGCAUAAGGUGCGGCAGGUGGCCGGCCGCGCUGCCCACGGCCCCCAGAGGAUAUGCCGUCUCCUCACACAAGCCCUCUCUCCACCUUGUCCCUUUGCACGCUCUCUCAUCGGGGACAUCUCUUCAGUGGCCCCUGUUCCUUUGAGCAGCCCCGUGCCCAGGAUGCAGCUGUGUACCCUUCAUGGCAUCGAGUGCUGGCUUAGGCUCCCCCUGCCCACCAAGUCUCUACCAGAGACAAGGACCCUGAAAGGACAGGCGGAGUGGGGACUCUGCUGCCCCACUCUAGGCCCUCAGCCUGACUUGGUGGGUCCUGUCCACACUGAAGCGGUACCUGCUCCCCACCCCCGACAUCCUGUGCUAGGCUUAGGAGGAGUAUGAGAAGUAUGUCUGGGCAAGCAGAUUUGGACACUGAAGAUAAUAAAUGCCAAUCGCUCCUAUGGUUGAGUCCAGCCAGGAAAACAUGGGUGAUCUGAGGAAUGUUUAAACAAGGGGACUGUUGAGAAAGGGCAGGUGCAGGGAAAUGGCAAAUGGGAUGUGUGC